AAUAUAACCAAGCCUUAGUUUUAGUCAUGUAGCUGUUAUUAUCAAUUGGGGUCAUAGACAAAAUGGCGGAAUAAAGAUGCUUUUCCAUAAUUUAAACUUUUUUUGAAAUGGCCAUGCCUUUUUUCAGUGUCGAAAUUUCUAUAUUUGUGAAAUAAAAUUGUUUUGAAAUCUUCUACCCAGAUGUGAACCAUAAAAGAGUUAUUUUUAGAACUUGGACUGUGAUUUUUGUGUUCAUUGAAAUAAUGUUUUUAUUUGUUUUUUCUACUGUGCUCCUUGCAUCAACAGUCUGUGGCCAGGCAGUAAAUGAUCAUUGCCUUAUUGAAAAUCUAUCAGGAUGUUCACUUGGGAGACCACCGUAAGUACAACUUUUUUUUCAUAUUUUAAAGGGGUCAUUAAGGUCUCUUUGUAUUUUAUGCUAAAAAAAACUUAAAAGUAAACAUUUAUAUUUACCGUUAGGUUACUUCAUUGUUACCUGUUUGGAUAUGUUUAUGUCUUUAAUGAUUAAACAUUAAUGAUUAGGCAUGAUUCCUAAAUUUGUUUUGAAAAAAAUGUAGCUUUUCAGACACUCAGUUCUCAGUAUUAGGAUUGCUCAACAAAUACAUUUGAUCUGUAGUGAUUAAAACUCAUGCAUUUGACAUUUUACAGGUGCAAAAAAUAUUUCUUAUGUGUUAAAAUUAAUUUUAUUAAUUUAGAUAUUAGAAUUGUUUUGCAGUGUUAACCUAUUUCAAAGGUCUCCAAUUGGUUUUGCAUAAUUCAUUUUUUGUCUUAAUGGUUCUGUUUCUCUUGUGCUCUGAGAAGUGUAUCUUUGUUUUCAUUUAGAAUCUACAUGAUAAUGGCACCAAGAAGAAUAAGAGCAGAGCAAGUGUUCCAGGUGUUUGCCACAAUCUUACGCAUGGAGUAUGGGGAAAGUGCCAUCAACCUUCGCGUGUCGGUUGUCCAAGACAACAAGGAAUAUGCCAGCAGUGCCUUGAGAUUUGAACGUCCAUCCAGUAGACUUUUGCAGCUUCAGGUCAGUGAUUCUCGUCUCUCUCUCUCUGUUGUUAUGGUAAGGGUUAAUUUGCCAAUACUGUAACUUUUCCUAACAUUAAGUCAUUUAAUUACAUGAUAGGUAAAUAGCGUUAUUUAACUAAGUGAGGAAUUUUAACAUGUUUGUCUUGUAAUUUGAAUGGGUUUUUGUUUUUAAUUUAUGGUAGAAUUUUAUUUGAGUCUUAUGAUUUUGAAUUUGAAUUUCAUGACAUAUGGUAGUCUAGCUAGAAAAAUCUAUUUUAAAUAAAUCUUUUUAAGAGUGGCAGGGGGUUUUAGCGUUGCUAGUUUAUUUAAACUACCUUGCAAAAAAUUUCAUGGGCUACUCUCAUGACUUAAAAGUUAAUCUAAUAAAAAGACCUUUCUUUCACCAGAUGCCAUCAAAUGCAGAGUAUGGACAAUAUAAAUUAAGAAUUGAAGGCCGUUUGGAUGAACUUGUGAGUGGAAAUGUGUUUUUCAAUGAGACAGACAUUGAGUUUACAGCCAAAAGGGCCUCAGUGUUCAUUCAGAUGAGUAGACCUAUUUACAGACAAGAACAAAUGGGUGAGCAAAGUUUACUUUUCUGAAGCUUCUAUUAUCAGAUCACAUUGUGCUUGUCAUCAUUGACCUUCAGUUGUUUGAUGUGUACCUAGUGCAUGAGAAUGGAAUAGUUAUUGUAAGACUCACAAAUUAUGGAUUAAAUGAGAGCACAAUAUAAAAAUAUAACAUAAAGACUGUCUUUGAUUUUUUUGCAGUUCACUUCCGUGUCAUCCCAGUAAAGCCUGACUUAAUGCCAAAGUACGGCAAUCUGAUGAUCUACGUUGAGGUAUAUUGAAUUUCUUAAAUUAAAGCAUGUAUUAUGAAUGUGCUUUCAUGUAACAAAUACUGACAACCAGCUAGGUAUCUUUCACAUUAUAGCUCCCCUAUCUUACCCAACUUAAUAUUUACACCAAACACUCAAAGCCUGUGUAUAUUGAUAUAAUUUACAUUUGUCAUAAAUAGUCCCUUUUAAGUCCUUGUUUGCUCAAUAAUCUGUAGGAUCCAUCUGGUAUAUCUGUGAAAAGAUGGCAAGGUCUACAAACAAAUGCAGGUGGAAUUGUCAGUGAGAGCUUUCAGCUUUCCGACCAGCCCAACUAUGGAAUCUGGAAUAUUCGUGUGGAUGCCUUUGUAGGUUGAUGCUACUUACUUGUUACUUUUUUAAUUUAAUUAAUAAUUUGAUAUCUAUUACAUAUCUAAGUAAGUGAACUAGAAAGGAAAAAAAAAAAAGGUCAUAAGCUUUAUGGGAAAUCCUGAUUUCUUUAAUGUCAAGUUAUGAGCACAUGUCAUUUAACAGUGGUUCUCAACUGGACUCACAAUUUUAAUCAAAGGGCGUCUCUGAGCUGUGACCUUUAACUUCUUGACCUAAAACAAAAACAUAAAUUAUGUUUGUGAAUGUGACGUUUGCUAGGUUGCUAGGAUUGAUCUGGCACAUUGUGUUAUGCAUGUUCUUAUGGCAUGAUCAAAUGACAAUAAAAAAUUGAAUAGAACCACCAAUUUUCUGCAUGAACCUGAAAAGUCUUCUCCAGAAGAACAAGUCAAAAGCCUGUUUUCUCAGGUCUUUGAAAAAAGAUGAGGCAAAUUAUUAUUCACAACCCUCGGUCUUCUACUUUUUGACUAAUCUUAUUUCAAAUAUAUACAAUGAUAUUUUGGUCUAUGUAUCACUCCUUUAAAAAAGAAGCCUUGUAUACAAUGAUAUUUUGGUCUAUGUAUCACUCCUUUAAAAAAGAAGCCUUGUAUACAAUGAUAUUUUGGUCUAUGUAUCACUCCUUUAAAAAAGAAGCCUUGUAUACAAUGAUAUUUUGGUCUAUGUAUCACUCCUUUAAAAAAGAAGCCUUGUAUACAAUGAUAUUUUGGUCUAUGUAUCACUCCUUUAAAAAAGAAGCCUUGUAAUCAAAUUUUUUAUUGAGCUUGCCAUCUUUUAUUUUGAAACAUUCAUUUAAUAGCCUCUCCAUCAUGAUUGUAUUAUGUUUUUAAACUUUUUCAGGGGGUCACUUACAGAAGACCGUUUAUCGUGGAGGAAUUCUGUAAGUUUGGUUGCUUCUUCUCUUUUAAUGACUAAAGCUGCAAAGUGUUUCAUUCUAAAAGCUGGUCUCGUCAAACCCGUUUCAGAAGUUUUAUACUAUGAAUGCAAAACCAUAUUUAUAAAAAAAUUAUUUUUAGUAUUCUUACCGUCAAAAUUUUUACUUUGAUCAUUGAUGUUUAGGGGAACCAAGAUUUGAUGUGAAUGUUUCUGUACCAGCUUAUGUCAUGGACAAUGCUACAGCCUCUAUUCAUGGAGUUGUUCUUGCUAAGUAUUCACAUUUGUCUAACAUAAUUCUUUCAUUUCCAAACCACUGAUUUUCUAAGAACAAAUCUAAAUUAGGUCAUAAGAAUAGUUGGCAUUUGAACUAUAAAAUGGAGAAGCCUGACUGCAGUCAAGCUGGUUAAACAGCCAAACAAUCAAUGUGUCUCAUUAAUCUUAAUGAUUGAAAGUUGGAAAGAAAUUAGUCUGUAAAAUAUUUUUUAAAUUUUAAUUUUGUUUUAAGGAAUUUCAAACGUGUGUUGAAAUAGCAAUAAAAUAUUUGAAAGUGAAAGGAGUGAAAUGUUAGAAUUCUUAAUGACAUGUAUUUCAAUAUUUAUAUUGUUAUGUGACAUUCCAAUGCUAGCCACACGAGUGGACGUUCCUGUGUUGGCAAUGGAUCCAUAACAGCAUUUUUCCUCCCCCGGGAAGAGAUUUGGAAUGCAACACGUGGGUGGGAAAAGCCAUACCAUGAUGCUGUGAACUCAGGAUCCAACAAAAUAUCUGGUGUACCUGUAGAGUUGCCACCAUACAGAAGCGUCAGCAGUAUAUCAGUACAAGACUAUCAUCUCUAUUUUGCCUAUGAGUAUCGAUUUAUUGACUAUGUGAGUCCAUGCAUUUAAUCUUUUAUAGGUAUCAGGGGGAAGUCAAUAUUUUCAUGAAGCUUUAUUGACAUAAAGUUCACAGUAGUUUAUUUGAUUGCCCAGUGGUUUAUUUGACUGCCCAGUAGUUUAUGUGACUGUCCAGUAGUUUAUGUGACUGUCCAAUAGUUCAUGUGAUUGCCCAAUAGUUCAUGUGACUGCCCAACAGUUCAUGUGACUUCCCAAUAGUUCAUGUGACUGCCCGAUAGUUCAUGUGCAGAAACUAACUGGAGAAGAAAUACUUUUAAGAAAUUUAAAAUUAAUUAAAAUCCUCCAAAAGUUUUUUUAAAUUUGUUGACAGGGUUUAUGGGGCAUUAAGUGUUUCUGUGAUUGCCAGUGGUUACAGUUUGAUGCUUUAAUUCAUAGUUUUACUAUCCAUAAAUCUAUAUACAACUUGAAUGGACAGGCUUGAAAUGUUGCACAUAAUUAUUAUUACUAUAGACUAUUGUAACAUCAUUACAAAUUUAUUCAACCAGUAUUAUAAUCUUAAAUCAUUCAAAACAAUUAACAACCAUAAAAUUGCACAAUUGACGUGUUAUAAAUAUUUUAAAAAUCCCUCCACAGUUUAAAGGUCGAAUUGACUUUGAGUGGACACAUGAUGAGUUGUUAAAAAUAGCCACCAGAGGGGGAGAAUCCAAGGCUAUAGUCAACAGUGAAUUCAUGUUCUUUGCCAACAUCACCGACUGGUACUCUGGUCUCAACAGAACAGGUUGGGCAGGGACCAUUAUGUUUGAUGAUGACGUCACACUCAAGUGGGUUGGCGGAAACAUAAGGACGUUCAAACCUGGCUCCUUGAUGAAGAUACAGGUAGAACCAAGUUGUUUGUUGAAGCAGGGAAGGCCAGUACAACAUGAGCAGAAAUACUUUCAUGAAGGCACCCAUUCAGACACACCCAUUCAGAAACACCCAUUCAGACACACCCAUUCAGACACACUUAGGUAUAAGAGAGGCCAUACUUCUGAGAGGUGUCCAGCAAUGCUAUAGAUAAGGCAACACCUGGUACAUCUGGGCAGUCACUACCUGUAAACAGGAUAGGUGUUGUCAUGCCCAUCCCUGUUUUUUAUCCUCCCCAGUUUGAGAAUAUAUCAUAUUGAUAUUAAGAUCUAUUCUAAUUAGGAUGCUAUGUUAAUUGUGUUGCAUCCCCUUAAAGAACACUAAUGACUAAGAUACAUAUUUUAAAAAAUUACUAUUGCUGCUGCUGAUCACAAAAGUUCUGACUCAAAAUAUUUUAUUUUCAUGGUAUAUAUCAGGCCUGCACAACUCAAAAUUUAAGGCGGGCCGUAAUACUUUAUGAAAAACUUGUGCGGGCCAGAAGAAAAUAGGAGAGGAUUUGUGCGGGCCAAAAUAUAAUAAGCUAUUAAGAAAAUAAUAAGAAUAAAGAAUAUUUCAGUAAUUCGCGGGCCACAAAGUGGGUUCUGGCGGGCCGCUUGUGGCUCAUGGGCCGUAUGUUGUGCAGGCCUGGUAUAUAUUAUUUAUUUUCAAAAAGUGGUAAAGUUUUUUUUAAAAUGCUCUUGUUGUUACCAUUUCAUUUAGUGUAAAAAACAGCAUACCAUAAGUAUUAAACUUGUUUUUUAUGAUGUGACCAGGUCGCCGUGUCACAGUAUGAUGGUAAACCAGUCAGUGAUGGUGGGUCAGUCACUCUUAUACCAACAAUAGGCAGCUCGUCGGGCCAGGUCCAGCUGUCAGCCAACUCCCCACAAACUCGUCCAGUGGUCAAUGGCGUAGCAGAGUUUGAUUUAACCCUGGGCUUCUAUGUCACCAGAUUCUCUUUGACUGUGAGUGUGUGAUGUACAAUUUCAAUAUUAAUAAUGUAAUAGGGUUUUAAAUAUUCUAUUAGAGACUUUACAACUACAUUUAAACCCGUUGUCUCCAAUGACUGACUUUGUAAGAUUUUUAUUUAGCUGACACACAAUUUAAACAAAUUUGUAAAUUUAAAAAAAAAUUUUUUUAGAGCAUUUGCUGUAAUAAAUAUUUGUUAAAUUAAUAAAAAGUUUUUAAUUUGUGGCUUAUCUUAAGGAAGGAACUGAAAAUGGUUUAAUUUUUAUUCUUCACAGGCGACCUACCAUGACCUGCGUGAAACAUUAAACUUGAAAACAAUGGUGAACCCUAACUUUGUGACGAGUCAGGGUAGGACUAUUCACAUGUUGGGCAGCAAGUACUACUCACCUACAAACUCGUACAUAUCAGUUUACACCUCCACAUUCAACCCACAGGUGAGGAGAUGCUAGCCAGCCAAUGGAAGUAGUUCAUCAACUAAUAAUUAGCAUUUAGUUGAUUGUACAUCAAUUUCCAAUUUUUAAAAAAGAAGGGUGAAUUUGUUGUUGGGUGUUGUUGUUCGUCCGUCGAGGAUCGACGAUGACCAUCGAGUCGUCUGGUGACUGAUGACUUGCGCGGGUGACUUUUUUUUAAAGUGAGGAAGAGUUGCGCAGCGUCAACCUCACUCUCUCGUCCGAGCCCACCAUAUCCAGUGGCAAGACUCUACGUCAAGACGACCAGGGAUGGGUACGGUUUCAGGAAUGGACAUUGUAUGCGCCUUACGGGACUCCAACUCCGGGUUUGAAUUCAGAGUUUCCUUCUCUUAGAUGAGUUGCCGACCAAGGUUAACGAGUCUCAUCCACCCGGGGUGAUGUUUUUGCUUGACCGGCCUAGCGUUCUACGUGUCUGGUCAUGUUCUCAGCGAUUCACACCACUGUGCUGUCUCCGCCUUUUGUCCGUUGACCAAGUAGUGGUUCUUCCGCACAAUUUGCCGGAUUCAGUCUUUACAUGCUAUGGGGGACAACCCCUUUUUUUCCUAAAGUUCUAUGCCCUUCGGCUACCCUCAACCUGGAAUCGUUGUCUGGGUUGUAGUCGCUGUGCAUGUUACAGCUUCUUGGAACCACAGGUGAGAGCUGAGUUGUUGGGUAUACCAGCAGAUAUUGAUCUCAAGUAACAAAUUGGUCAUCUGAGCUGCUACUUUGGAAUAGCCCGUAACGUCAAGUUUGAUUUGAUGUCAAUUAUUUUAACAAUUUAUAAAUCAUUUAGCAGGUCUAUCAAUAUAAGAGCAAAGCGUUAAGUGCAUGCACCCAAAAGGCUCAAGAUUUUUAACUAGUACCACACAAUAGUAUUCUCAAGUAUUUUUGUGCAAGACUUAAUCUAAAACCUGUCUAAAAAUACAAUGUGUGAACUUUCGUCUUUGUUUGUAGCAGAAGAGGAUAAUUUAUUGCUAAACCCAUGUCUUCUAAACAAUAUAUUUAAAUUCAGAGGCCUUUGUCACAUCCUAAAUUCAAAGAGCUUAUUAAAAAUCUGCCAAUAAUCUACAUUGUUUGAUUUAACAAAUAAAAUGAUAUAUAUUUCAAAUGCUAGUCUUGUUUUUAAUUCUUUACACGUCUUCCUUUCUUCAAAUAAAAAAAUACCCUCUUUUUAUUUUAGGUAAAUGAAUACAUGGUAUUUCAUGUGACUGUUACACAUUUUGUGCCCAGAAUAUUUUACCAGGUUGGUUUUUUUUAUAUUUUUGUCUCAUUCAUCAUUUCUUUUCAUUAUUUUAAAUUAGUGUAUGGCAUCAAAGUAAUGUCUUUUUUUCUAUUCAUUUAAUUACUCAGCAGGCUUUUAUUUCAUGGCCUUGAAAAUUGAAGACAUUCAUUCUAUUUUGUUUUAUAUCCUUUCUAUUUAAUACUUACCACUGUCAUUCUAUUUUUAUCUUAUUUAAUUAUGUAAUAUACAUUUUAUUUGAUAUUAACAUUUACCACUGUUCUUUUAUCAUAUGUAAUAUACAUUCUAUUUGAUAUUUACCACUGUAAUUGUGAACUGGAUGUAGCUCAAAGUAACAAACCCAUUGCCCAUGAACUUUUGGUGACUUACUGACAAAAAAAUUACUCAGCUCAAGAUGUGUUAUUUUAUAAGAUACAAUAAGAUUCUUUAUUGAUCCAAAUAAAUGGAAAUGUUUUGUUUUAUAACAUUUUUCAUAUUCAUUUUCAACACAAAAAUAAAUACAUAAUUUUAACCCAAAAUUUUUUUUACAAUUAUUACAAUUUAAUCAAGAGACACCUUAAGUAUUUCUCUAGCUUACAAACCAGUCACACACAACUCCGUUACUGACAAUAAUGACCUAAUUAGUGAUCAUUUUAAUUUGAUGUCCUUAAAGAUUGAAGAUGAUUCGUUAUGUCGCAUUUAAUUAUUUAACAUAUCUGCUAUUUGAUAUUGAAUGGUAUUUAUAAUUGUGAACAGGUUGUAGCUCAGAGUAACAUAAUCAUUGGGGAUGAACUGGAGAUGACUUCCAGGCAGAAGACAUUUUCUAUCGCCCUGUCCCGUCAGAUGGUACCAACUGCUCGUAUCAUUGUCUAUUACAUCAGGGAGCCAGAGGAGAUUGUCUCAGAUGUUCUCAGCUUCUUUGUCAAUGGGACUAGGCAGAACCAGGUACUCUCAAACUCUUAGAUUGUUUCUUUGCAUGCUGUGGACUGCAGAGCAGUGUGCUUUUUGUUUUAAAGUUAAAUAAAUAUCAUUUUCAUUAUAUAUUGAACCUGGAUUUCUACAAAGUUGUAUACAUUUUUAUAAAUAUAUAAUUUUUAUUUUUAAAUUAUUAUUUUACAUAAUAUCUUUUAUAAAUUUGAGCUUUGGAUAACAUAAAUCAUUUAUAUAACAUUUCUAAUUUGCAGUCUCAACUAAAUUAUAUAUAUUAAUAUUUGUUACAGUUUCAAUUAUAAAUUACCAAUAUCUUAUCAUAAAGAAAAAAAAUAGAAUUGAGUUACCUUCUUAUUGAUUUUCACCAUAAAUGUUCAAAUAAAUAAUGUUUCAAAUUUUGAAUAUAAAACACAAACAAAUUCUAAUGCUGAUGCAACCUAUUAUAUUUGGCUUGCACUUUGUUGGCAGUGAAUGAAAAUUCUUAUACUGAUAUUUAACGACAUCCUGUGUUAUAAGGUACAACUUGGUAUCAACUUUGGUAAAGAUUUUAGUCGUGCCACAGUCGAGUUUAAUGCAAGGGCUGAUCCCGGAUCUUAUGUAGCGUUUAGCGGUAUGCUGUUGGACCUGUACAGCAGAGGAAUGAGUGAUGGAAUUACAGAAAACAAGGUUUGUUUAUCAUUAUUUUUUUCAAAUAUGAAAAAAAAAGUAAUUUUGGUUUUAGAGUUAGUUAAAGUUGAUUUAAGAAAAAAUCCAUUUUAUCAAAGAACUGAUCCAAAAUUAUAUCAGCUGUUUUUCCCAUUUUGUUUUCUGAAACAGCUGAUUGAUGAACUGUUGACUUAUGACCAGCCAGCCAACAGUAGCUACAGACAACUCUGGAGGGUCAGUGACACAGAAUUUGAGUACAAGUUCUUCCAUGGCUCUGACUAUGGUAUAGAUGGGAAUACUACAUUUCAGGUUAGUGGUGAACUAGCAUAUGUGUUUGCUGCAUAAAAUAUAAGCUGAUAUACAGAAAAAUUUUUAAAGAGACAUUUUUAUUCAUUACUUGUAGAUAAUUUAGAUAAACUGUAAGAAAAUCUCAUUUCAAGAAGUAACUUGAAAAUUCAGUACAGUCCAAGGUAAAUAGAUUUUUUGAUGUAAUUGAAUACAGCCUGAGGUUGAUUUUUUUUAUUUUCCUUCAGAGUGCUGGCCUUCUUAUACUGACAGAUGCUGAUGUGACUCGACUACCAAGUGGGUAGUACCUUAGGACCAUUUAUCAAUUUUAACAAGAAAAAUAUAGUAAUUUAAAUCAAGGCCGUUUGUUCUCUCGUUCAAUACAUUUUAGGAUGAAGUUAGUAUUUUAAAGUAAUUUAUUCAACAUAUUUAUUACCUUAAAUAUCGUGAUGUUACUUCAAGGACUCAGGUUAUGGACAGACAUUUAGUGGCAAUAAAUUAAUGAAUGUAACAGAGUACUUUAAUGAAUGUAUUUAACAGAGUACUUUAUUUUAUGCUUCCUUAGAUCAACGUUCAUGCAAUCCACUCGCUGGCCAGUACCCCUGCUUCUCUGGGGUGGAAUCAGAAUGCUUCACAGACAGCCAGCGGUGUAAUGGUCAGUUUGAUGGCUGUCCCAAUGAUGGUGCUGAUGAAUGGGGAUGUAAGUUGGGCUUUCAUCUAACAUAUUCAUUCAGUUAAUAGGUUCUUGUACCAGAUGUUUCCUGUUGAUUUUAAAAUUCAAUAAUAUAUUGAUGCCUCUUAUUAUUGUUACUGUCUUGCAUGUAAUUCUUUUGUGUUUCAGAUUAUUGUACGUUAUCAUGUGCUUAAUGUUCUGCUUUUAAAUGUUAUGUUCCAUCCCUUUUUUUUUUAAAAUGUGGUUACCGUUGGUUACCGUUGUGCUUAAAUACAUUUUUAAAAUGAAAUAUGGGCAGGUGUGCUUGAAGAGACACAGACAUUAUUUGAGACACCGAUGGACAGGGUUAGUCGAGUAAUGCGUUUCUAUGACAACAGUUCUUGGGCAUGGCAAGAAAUCUUUGUUAAGUAAGGCUUGAUUUUAUAUAUUGAUGUUUUAAUUUUAUUUUUUAAUCUUAAUUAACACUUUCAGAAAUAAAGAUAAGACAAUAUACUAUCUCAAGAAAUAGGAUUUUAAUGCAUAACAUAGUAAAUAACUCAUGAAUUUUUUGAGAACUCAAUUAUUACUUUUUAGAAAACUGGUAUUCUUAUUAUAAACAAAAUAAUAGAAAAUUAAGAUAUGUUUUAUUAAUACCCUAAUAGGCCAGAUGGUCGUGUUGACUUUAGAGUUGACGUCCCCAAAUACCCCUUGACUUGGGUCAUCAAUGGCAUCUCAAUAAGCCAGGAACUUGGACUGGGCAUUAUGCAGCAACCUGUCAGGGUAAGAAAACUGACCAUACAGUGGGCAACAAGUAGGGUUCCGGUUUAAUUGGGGUACCACCUCUUUUGCAAGGUGUUAAACCUGCAUUUUAAGAAAAAAAACUUUUCUUUGUAAGUUCUGGCUAAGUCUGCUGCAAAUAAUAUCAAAACCUUCCACUCAAAUCUUUAAAUGUCAUAUUAUGUUAUAUAAAAAUAUUUUGGUUUCUUUUAUUCUUUCUGAUUAUUGGCUAGGGACCAAUAAAAUUUGACAAUGAAGUAGCUGAUGGGUAUCCUAAUAAUUGUUAAAGGUUUCUUAAGAUAAUGUAGGAGGUGACAAAACCUUUCUUGUUGAAGAAAAUUUUUUUUUUUAAUUUGAAGUUGUAUUGGUUUAAGCUUCUAAAUAAUUAAUUGAAUUAAAUCAAAAUUUUUCAAAAGUUCAAAUGCACUUGAUUUUUUCAUGAGGCUGUAAACUAUGUGGAACUAAAAGUAUUUGUUUUUUUGUUUUUUUGCAGCUUGAAACAGCAAGAUUCUUGUAUAUUCAAGUAGAGCACCCCAAGCAAAUUGUGUGGGGGGAGCAGAUUGGGGUCAGAGUCACAAUAUUCAAUAACUGGCAUGAGGAUGAUUACAUGGAGGUGAGCAAGUUAGUGGUUUAGUUUUUGACUUUCUUAUCAUGUGAACAAAUAGCUUUGUUAAAUUUAUUUAAAACUUUUUAUAUUUUUUUUAUUUGGCGGGCUGCAAAAAAUCUGGUGCACGUUUUUAAUAAACUUAGUUAUCUCAAUCCCAAAUAUUCAACAACAUGCAACUUAAUUGUCAAGUUUUUCUCUGCAUAAGACGUUUGAAAUAUAUUUUUUUAAUUUUAAUUAAACUCAUGUAAACUAAAAUGAAUAAAGAAGAAGGAACUGAACAUCACAAUUCUCACAUUCAGAAAUGCCUUCAAACUUUUUUUAUCUUACAAUUUACUGAAUACUUUUUUUAAAACAAUUUCUUUUUCUGUAUGGUAUAAAUAGAUUUUUUUCCUUCUUUAAAUAGAUUUUAGUAACAAUGCAUGGUGGACCUGAAACAGAGUUUGUUACUGUUGGUGAAAUGGGAUAUGUGACAUCUUACUCGCCAACAACUCACAAGGGAGAUCAUCAAACUAUUGUUUUUGUAAGACUAAUAAUUCUACUUUCCUCCCCUGAUUAAUGAUAUUUUUCAGAGUGUAUUAUUUUUAUCCAGGCAUCUGUUCAAGAUCACUAAUUUUCUUGACCAUCUAUUUAUUUUUGACCAUUCACAUAAAAUUAGUCAACUAUUUAAAAAAAACCACUACAAUGAUUUUAUUUCAUUUGAAUUAUAAUAUGUGUCAAUUAAAUCAUCAUAGUGCUUGAUUAUAAUUAGCUAAACAGCUACAAACCUCAAGAUUAUCUGCUUUAUGAUUUUUGCUUUUAGGCAUUAAGGUUCAGAGAUGCCAGAGACUUACUUUGAAUUUAAUACUUAGUUGGAAAGUGUAAGAUUUUAAAAAUGUCAAAGAAUCUAUAUUUUAUGCAGAACUGAAGUAAAUUUAAUGUAAUAAAUGAACAAGAUCUUCUGUAACAAUCAUGCUCAGGUUUAAAAAAACAAAAUUUUUGUAACAAUGGGGUUUAUCUAAAUAUUUCUGUAUCUAUAUAUGUCUUUAUCUGUCUAUACAUAUAUUAACAGCUGGAACCAGGGGAGGCCAAGGACAUCUAUAUGCCUAUUGUUCCUGCCAGAUCGUUUAGAAAAGACAAACUAACUUUUCGAGUUUCUGCCACUUCAUUUAUGGGAAAGGAUGAAUACGUGGGAGAAAUGUUUGUGAAGGUACAUUGAAAUAAACCAAUAUAUGCUUAUUGAUUUUUCCAUAGAACUGAACACAAUAAAAGUUUUGUUUAUCAUCAUUAUUUUUAUAUACAAUUUCAACACCUGAAUAAUUGAGAAUUUAUAUUUAUAUCUAUCAAUAUAGUGCUAAUAUAUUUUUAAAAUAUACUUAAAAUAUAAUUAAGCAUCAGUUCUUUACUAUAUUUACUUGGUCUGAAAAUUUUAUCAUUAUUAUUAUAUUUUUGUUAAUAUUUUCUAAAAUAAGAUCAGAUUGUCUGAAAUUGUUUUUCCCCACAGCCCAAUGAUAUUAUUUAUAUUUCCCCCACAGCCCAAUGGAGUUCUCAACUACUUCCACACCCCUUAUCUGAUAGAUUUAAUCAGAUUUCCGUCCAUAGACAUACCACAGUUUAAAGUGAAUGUUCCAGAGUAUUUCCGUAAACAAGAAAUCAGGCCUAAUCUCUACGUACCCCAGUCACCAAAAGCGAUGAACACGGUCUUCGGUAAGUUUUUGGAAGCAAGGGUCCUUCCAUUCAAAAAUUAAAAUAAUUGUCAAUUUUCAGGGUAACGUGCGCAGGGCUCUGUCAGGUCGGAUGUUUUCAUACAGAUAAAUUAGGCAUGUUCUCAAUCCUCUCAUCUCACAAAAAAAAUGUAAUUUGUAGGGGUCACUCUAAGUUAAAAAAUAAGAAAAUUAUCUUUUAUAAUGGUACAUUUGUAGUGAAUAUAAAAUAUAAUUUUUGUCAUGUUAAAUAAGAAAUAUUUACACUAUUGUGUCUCAUGCAACUGUCCUGUAUUCAAAUAAAGGUGAUGUUGUCACUCCUGGUUUCUUUGAGGACUACCUGAAUGCAGCAAAUAUUUUAUACCGACCGUAUGGCAGUGGGGAAAUGGUGACCUUCAACUUUGCCUACAAUCUGCUGGCCCUAAUGUUCAUGAGAUCGUCCAAUCAACUUGAAACAACACAGACUAAGAGGGUCCUCAAUCAGCUGAAUAUAGGUGAUUUGUCUCUUAUAUAGCUUGCUGCAGUUGAGGCAUUGGGCCAAUAAAAUAAUCCCUUUCCGCUUGUUACAACAAUUAUUACCUAAUGAUAUUUCAAAAUACACAAUACUAUUUCUAUACUGUAAGUUUUUGUAAAUUUCUUUUUUAAACCUAUUUCAUUUGACACAGAGACAAAUUAAUAGGUGAAACAUAGACGCCUGGAAACACACAAGUCAUAAGCUCUGCAAUUUACUCGUAUCACUAAGAAUAUCUUAAUAUUGUUAAUAUAAUCCGGUACAUGAAAAAUAUUUGUCCUAUCUUUUGUUUCCUUUCUCUGUGUUAAAAGCACUGGUCAAACUUCCUUUCUAUUCUACCACGUAUCUUAUCUGUUUGUCUCACUGUCUAUUUGUUUGGGCAGUCCUGCAGAGGAUGACCACCUACAUGAAUGCUACGGACGGCUCGUUUAAAAUGUUCCGUGAUGACAAUAAACCCAGUUUAUGGUGAGUCUUGAUGUUGGAGUCUCUGACUCAGCUAUGCUCCUAACUUUGUUUGGUUUUUUAAGUAUUUACUCACACUCUGAAAAUUUUAAGUUACGUAAAAAAAAGAAAUUGUUAAAAAAAAACUGCAGCAAAUUUGUUUACAAAUUUAAACUAAAAUAUAAAACUUUUAAAGUAUGACGCAGAGAAUUUUAAGUCAUGAAUACUAAGAUAUGCUGGUAAAAAUCUGUCUAAAUUGUAUCUGAAAGUGUAAAUAUAGUAAAUUGACAAAUUUAAUUAAGAUUUUCAUGUUAUAAACAUUGGACUCUUAUUUUAGCUUGUAGCCAAAACUUGUUUCUGUCAGAUUAGCGGUGAUUAGCCAUGACUCUCUCUUCGCAAACAGGCUGACCGCAUUUGUUGGGAAAAAUCUGGCCAGAGCUGGCGAUGUUGGUGAUUGGGAACAAGAUCUUUAUAUCCCUGGUGAGUGGGUCAGUAAAAUUCUGAGUUACAUCUGCAGCAGACAGAACACAACCACCGGUGCUUUUGAUCCUGAUGAGUUUGACAUUGCUUAUGACAGGAAGAUGGUAAGCAUAUUUCUAAGGAGAAUCAUACAUGUUGAGUUGUUUUUUAACUAGCAAAAUAAAUUAGUUUUGUAAAAUCCUCAAUAGCUUUCAGUGUUUCUUGAUGAUGAUUUUUCCAUAUGUAUCUAAACUGCUUAUUUUUCAUCCUUCGCACAAGAAAAUGACCAAGGCAAUUUUAUUUGAGAAGUAGCCUUGACUUGAGCUGAAAUGAUGGGACAUUUGCUCACUUUGUCAGCCUCGCUUUCUUGUUAUUGUCUAUUUGAUCCAAUGGCAAGACUUGGUCAAGACAAUUGGAAAUAGACCAGGAAUGCAUCAGAUGACCAGCAGUCUAUCUUGUGUUUUUCACUGUGCUAUUUAUGGAGUCUACAUUGCAGGAGUUAUUCUACCUGUGGGACUGUGUCCGGGUUUAAUUUCAGAGUUUGCUUUCUCUGAGACAAGUUGCCAUCCAAUGUUAACGAGUCCCAUCCACCCAGUUGGGGGGGGGGGUUGGGUUGCUGGUUAUGUUUUUGCUCUUGCUGGGGAUUGAGCUGGAGUCCAAUAGCUCGGCCUUGACUCAGUUUAGACCACUGUACCACCUAGUACCCAGUCUUUAUUAUAAUACAUGCUAUUCCCGUUUUGAACAAUUUAGUGCACAAAUGAAUUUUGAAGUGGCAUGUGGUGUCAUGGUCAAUUCUUUAUCCAACACUAGAAAAAUCAGAUACCAUAUAAAUAAUGCUUCAAUUUUGUAGCACUAAGAAGCAAACAAACAAAUCUCUCCCCCACCCCCACCCCCCCCCCCCCCCCCCCCCCCUCUCUUAAACAAGUCGUUAAAAAAAAAUCUGUAUUUUUUGCAAUGAUAAUUUUAAUCAUUGUACUGAUGAACACAGGCCUCUCUGAAAGAUAUGAAGAUGGAAGUCAUGUCCACUCACAAGAUACCCCUGACGGCUUAUGUACUGAUUGCAAUGUAUGAGAUGACAGAUUUCACAAAGGUAAGUUCAUUAUUUUUCUUGGUAUUUCAAAGUUUUAAAAAUCAAGAGUUUCCUUUGAGUUCAACUUCAGUCUAAUAUUUUUUAAGACAUUUACUAUGUGAACACAUCUCAUAAGUUGAAAUAACUCCUUAAACCAGAGAUAAUCUGUGAAACUUUUAUUUCUUAUAAAAUUGUGAAAAUUUGUUUAAGUUCUGUGUAAAUUAAGGGAAAAUAAUAAAAAAAUACCGUGGGAACCCACUGUAACCUGGUAAAUGCUGUCCGUAAAACCAGAUCACGUUCAAAGUGAGGUCCCAUUUAGGCAGGGUUUUACAACAUUUCAUGCAAACAACAUUGGUAUUUUUUGGAGAAAGUUGAUUUUGUUUGAAACAAAUUUUUUGUUUAAUGUCUUGUGAUUAGAGCUAGUUAGAUAUGUGCUGUUGAAUUUGGGCUCGUUUUAGUGGAUUUGUGAUUAUGUUGUAUGAGAAUAUAUAUAUUUUUUGCUAUUUUUCACAUACUUAGAAAGAAAAAAAUCAUGCUCAAAUUUCAGCAGCCAUGCCAUAACCAUUUAAUAAUCCAAAUCAUGUCAUAGCAGGUUUCCAUCAUUACAUACCACUCUUUAUUAUAUCAUUAAUUAUAAAUAUAAAAUAUUUUCUUUAACAGGGUAAAGUACCAUGUUUAGAAACUGCCAAAAGAAAUGCUGCUAUAUUUUUACAAAGUCAGUUGAGCCAACUUGGCCAAGAUGAAAUUUUCUUCAUGGCUAUAACAGCCUAUGCCCUGUCUCUGACACCAAGCGCCCUUGACAUUGUCAAUAAACUCUGGCAACUCAAAAGAAAUGACUGUAAGUAUAUUUCUCAAUUAAUAAUAUUUUUAUGGACCAACACAAGUUCCAUAUGUAAUUUAAAAAAAGAAAAUUUAAAUGUUCUGCAAUAAAUUUAUUUGUUUUUAAAAAAAAUUUAAUUGUGGAAGAUUUAUUUUAUUACAUGAAAUACAAAAAAGUAAUCCCUGGUGAUGAGAUUAUGUUAAAGUUACAUAACUUUUAAUUAUGUUAUCUUCGACUCAUUCUUUUAUGAAGGUGAUCAAUUACAUAAAUUUGGUUUAUUUUUAUACAAUGAAAUAAUGAUUUAGACCAGUUUUUCCCAAAGUGGUGUUCACGGACUGGCACCAGACUGCUAGCAUUACGUUGCUGGUCCGCACAAAAUAAGACCAGACAGUGGAUAAAAGUUAAAUAGUUAAACAGCCAUAACAACAAAAAAAAGUGAAUCGGCAAACAUUUAAUGGAAAUAAUUAAUAGAGUUAUCUCUCAUUGGCCAAUGUCCGAUAAGAAUUAUAAUUUAUGACAGAUAAAAAUAAUUUUAAAAUCUUGCACUGGUCGGUCCAUGGUGCAAUGUGAAAAUUAUCCACCAGAUCACCAAAACUUAAAAGUUUGGGAAACACUGCUUCAGAGCACUGAUUUUUGUCUAGUCUAACUGGAUGUACUUUUAAUUAGAAUAAGUUUAAAUAAACUCUGUUUCUGAUUAGUCAUGGCUAUUUUAAACUUGUGAUAGCUUUCCAAUGAAAUAUCAUUACUCCUGACACUUGUGUUCAGCUGACUACACUUACUUUGCCGACCAGCUGGUGUAUGAGAAUCCAUCUGCCAUACAAAACAAUGUCAGGUACUUGAUGCCUCGCCAGGAACUUUUGAAUGAUGCAUAUGCUGUUCAGAGCACAGCAUAUGCAUUGAUGGCCCACAUCAUGGCAGAUCGUGAAUCAAAAGUUGAGAGAGACAUGACCAUGACCUGGUUAAAUACAAUGCGAAACUCAUUUGGUGGAUUUUCUUCUACACAGGUAUAAACAUUAUCAAUAUUCUGCAUAAGAUUAAGAAUGACAAAUUUCUCAUUGAAAGUUUUAAGUAUCAAUAUUCUAUGUAACAUUGGGAAUGACAAAUUUUGGUACCGGAGGCGGCAGCCCCAUUGGCCUCCCCACUUUGCAAUGGCCUGUUGGGUGAACAUGACAAAGUAAUAAUAUUCAUAUAAUAAUUCUAUUAUGGUAUAAUGUAUGUGGGUAAAUUCUGAAUCUUUGUUAAAACUAACUUUUUUUGUAUGUUCUGAAUAUUUAAAAAUUAAAGCUGAAACAUUUUAAAUAAGUCAAUGGUUUGUGGUAAAUACAAGAGGUAUAAAUCUAUCAGUGAUUUAACUUUUGUUAUAUAGCUUAUUGUUAUUUCAGCAGGUCCAUUUCCUUUCCACUACUAGUAUAACUGCACAAUAUAAUUAGUGGGGAAACUUGAACAAUUUAGUCAGUGGGGAAAGUUGCACCAUUUAAUUUGUGGGGAAUGUUUCACAAUAUAGUUAGUGGAAAAAGUUGCACAAUAUAAUUUGUGGGGAAAGUUUCACAAUAUAAUUAGUGGGGAAAGUUUCACAAUAUAAUUAGUGGAAAAAGUUGCACAAUAUAAUUAGUGGGGAAAGUUUCACAAUAUAAUUAGUGGAAAAAGUUGCACAAUAUAAUUAGUGGGGAAAGUUGCACAAUAUAAUUAGUGGAAAAAGUUGCACAAUUUAAUUUGUGGGGAAAGUUGCACAAUAUAAUUUGUGGGGAAAGUUGCACAACUGGUCCAACACACACAAAUAAUUAAAGCUGUUAGCUUUGUUUUUUGUUAUUAUUUAUAAUUUACUUGAUCCAAUACAAAGAUUAUCAUGGGCUGUGUUUUACAUCAGUGUAUUUAAACUUAACAAAGAUCAGAAUUUUACAUCAGUGUAUUUAAACUUAACAAAGACCAGAAUUUUACAUUAGUGUAUUUAAACUUAACAAAGAUCAGAAUUUUACAUCAGUGUAUUUAAAUUUAACAAAGAUCAGAAUUUUACAUUAGUGUAUUUAAACUUAACAAAGAUCAGAAUUUUACAUUAGUGUAUUUAAACUUAACAAAGAUCAGAAUUUUACAUCAGUGUAUUUAAACUUAACAAAGAUCAGAAUUUUACAUUAGUGUAUUUAAACUUAACAAAGAUCAGAAUUUUACAUUAGUGUAUUUAAACUUAACAAAGAUCAGAAUUUUACAUCAGUGUAUUUAAACUUAACAAAGAUCAGAAUUUUACAUUAGUGUAUUUAAACUUAACAAAGAUCAGAAUUUUACAUCAGUGUAUUUAAACUUAACAAAGAUCAGGAUUUUACAUCAGUGUAUUUAAACUUAACAAAGAUCAGAAUUUUACAUUAGUGUAUUUAAACUUAACAAAGAUCAGAAUUUUACAUCAGUUUAUUUAAACUUAACAAAGAUCAGAAUUUUACAUCAAUUUAUUUAAACUUAACAAAGAUCAGAAUUUUACAUUAGUGUAUUUAAACUUAACAAAGAUCAGAAUUUUACAUCAGUGUAUUUAAACUUAACAAAGAUCAGAAUUUUACAUCCGUUUAUUUAAACUUAACAAAGAUCAGAAUUUGACAUCAGUUUAUUUAAACUUAACAAAGAUCAGAAUUUUACAUUAGUGUAUUUAAACUUAACAAAGAUCAGAAUUUUACAUCAGUUUAUUUAAACUUAACAAAGAUCAGAAUUUUACAUUAGUGUAUUUAAACUUAACAAAGAUCAGAAUUUUACAUUAGUGUAUUCAAACUUAACAAAGAUCAGAAUUUUACAUUUAUUUGUGUGUCAUUCUCAACUCAUUACCAUAUUGCUUGUAAACUGUUUGAACAGGACACAAUAGUGGCAAUGGAAGCACUGUGGCAGUACACACUCAAGGAUUUCCACCGCAAUGAGUUUGAUAUGUCUGUCAUACUUGAGUCCAUGGGUUCUCCUGGAUGGCAGACUGUCAUUCCAGUCAAGAAAAAUAACUUUACACGCCUGAAUCAAAUUUUUGUAUGUUUAAUUUCAGAACUUUAUGUUUUAUUCAAUAUUUAACACCAUUUACAUUUUGUAAAAAGAUUGCAUUAUUAUUCUAACGUUUUUUAAUGUUAAAAAUUGUUUUGCACUGGUAAUAGAUAAGUUCAUAAAUAAACUAAGAAUUUUGAUUUUAAUUGAACGUUAUUGUAGAUAAAAAAUUGUAUCAAUAUGAUUAACAAUUCACUCAUUACAAAAUUUGUUUUUGUCUAUUAGUAAUCAAGCUUUGAACAGUUCAUUACAAACCAUAUUAUAAUAUUCUUAACAAAAUGUCUUCAGCUACCGAUGAAUCAAGUGUUUGGUUAUGUCAUCCCAUCAGCUCGAGGGGUCGGCAGAGCCAUGUUACAGGUAGGCUGAUACUGUUUGCUGUGCAGUUUACAACUUCGAUGGCUUAUAUUUUGCGGCUGUAUUUUAAUGUUUUCUCUAACUUGUUUUGAUGGCCGUAAUUUUUUUUUACCCAGAUUGCUGUUUGACCAUCACAUGUAUUUGAGUUCAUUUGUUUUAAAAAAGAAAUCAUAUUUCUAUUGCAGUUAGUUUAGCUCAGCCGUCACCUGACAUGUCAGUGUUGUUUGUAGCUGACUAACAAAAACUGUCUUCCUGUUGUGCAACUGUUGGCAUUGAAAUGAUAUAUAUAUUAGUUUGGUUCAGCUGAUAUGUUCUGUUGUUUUUCAUGUUGUUGGCCAUUACAUGAUAAUAUACUAAUUGAAUGCUGGUGGCCGAGUGGUCUAAACUGAUUCAAUCCCCCAAAAAUCUGUUGGUCUUGAGUUCAAUCCCCACCAAAGCCUAAACAAGCAAUAACAUCCGAAACACCUUGGGUGGAUGGGACUCAUUAACCUUGGAUGGCAACUCAUCUAUGAGAAGCCAAACCCUGAAAUCAAACCCAGAGAUGGAGUCCUUUAGGUGGUAUCACAUUGACACAAUAAAAAUUCCGGCUACUCCUGCGAUACUGCUGGUGCUAAGCUGAAUCAUCCACAUACGAUGUUCCCUUGGGUUAUCCAGGUGCAUGGAGAGAGGUGAUUUGCUAUCCAGGGAGUCAGAUUAUCCCAGGGCUUGUGAUUUUUUUCCUGUAAAGUUUAAAUCAUCAUCACAUUGUGACGGAUGGUUGCCAGACAUGACAAUGAGACAUUCUAAUGUUACCCACAUGGUAAUUUCUACUACAGACAGACAGCUUAAUGUUACGGAUAAUGUUACACAUUUCUGUUACUCACAGCUGACUGUUACAGCCAAUGUUGAGUACGAGGACCUCAUGAAGACCCAACAACACGUUAACAAUAAAGCAGAAAAUGAUGUCAUUCCAUUCUUUGACCUACAAGUUCAGACCAGCUGGGGAGGACGCAACGACUCUAUCAUGUUGAUGACCUCCUGCGUCAGGUAUUGGAUGAGCUUAAUAGCAAGAUAUAUUUUUAAAAAAAUCAAAUAACAUUGACAUUAAAAGCACAUCGAAGUUUAAUGCCUCUAAUUCCUCGCAAGGGUGGCGGCCCCUGUAACAAUUUUUGCACUUGAAGUUUCUGUGUUCAGCUGACAAACUGCAUGUGCAGUGGAACCUCUAUGUUCAUUAUUAAUCAAUUCUUGAUGGUCUGACAAAGAAAGUGUCCAAUCAUGCCUUUUUCUGUCUCUAGAUAAAUUGGAAGCAUUUUGUUCAUUCUUACUUGGUAAGAAUUUUUUACCUUUUUUAUCUCAACAGUGGCCCUCACGCCCUUUGGUUUUGGUUGUUAAUCUUUGAUAAGCUUACGGCUUCCGUCAGGUCAUUACAAAGAAUUUGGAAAAGUCCAAAUUUUCCACUAGAAAUGAAUGAUAGGUGCACCCUUGUUGACCACACAAGGCUGACUGAGUAGGCCAUCUGUUUGCAGGGUCACUGCCGGGUGGUGGUGGAAAGGACAAUUUUGGAAACUUUUUGGGCAUAAAAAUCUGAAUGUGAUUCAUAUUGAAUCUGGCGAUAAAGAUAAAGAACAUUAUAUAUAGAGGUUUCAUCAAUUAAAACAUAUCAAUCAUUGCUGAUGAAUUGUCAAACUUGGGGUCUAUACACAGCCCAGAAAAUUUUUUUUGUUUAAUUUUACGGAAAGUGGAGGUGUUUACUUAUCAACCCUGAAUAUGCUUAAUAUUUGAUGCAGACAUCUAAAUCUAAGGUGUUAAAGCUUUUCAAAGGAUGUUGGUUCAAACCCUUAUGUGAAACAUUCUGCAACUGAAUCACUGUGGUGUUUCCCUGAACUGUUUCAGCUGGCUAUUUACAGAACGUAGCUUGACCUCAGGUCUGGCCGUGCUGGAAGUGGACAUACCCACCGGAUAUGUAGUCAUGAAUGACACUCUGAGAUCUUAUGUCCGCUCUGGUGUAGUGCCAAACUUAAAGAGGGCAGAGUAUUACAACAAGCAGGUCUUUUUCUACUUUGAAUUUGUAAGUCAUCUUGAGUUGUCAUAAAUAUUUAUUACUCUAACUUAUAGAAGUUCAAUACCAGGUACUUAAAUGAAUGUUUAAAGUAAAAAAGGUGUUAAAUAACAAAUCAGCUUAAAAAAAUGUUGUGAACUUUAAAAUUACAAUGUAAUUUGCUAGAAUAUGUAUCAUUUGUAUAUUGUUAAGAUAGCAUCACUGUAAGUCAAGUUUUUUUCAAGGCUCUUUGUUGUUGUUUUUUCCUUCAAAUUUAUUAAGAUCUAGGGCAGGAACGCUUAACCUUUCUGCAGUGCAGCAUCUCUUCUCAAUUUUCAAGCAUUUCCUGAAUUGUGUCUUUAGAGUGUUACAGUGAUGAAAUCUUUCUUGCUAAAAUAUAUUGAAUUUUUUUUGUUUAAUUUGUUUGUUUCGUGUAAUUUAAAAAUUCAACUGAACAAGGAACAGUGUUGAAAUUUAUAGAGAUGCUGACCAUGUAUUUUAUUUUCCUGUACUAUGCAUUUCAGCUUGACCAAAGCAAGACCUGUGUGGAUUUUAGAGCUGACCGUUGGUACCCAGUGGCCAACACAACAAAAGAGCACAGGAUCCGUGUCUAUGAUUAUUAUGAGCCAGGUAAAAGUGCCUAAAGCUGAUUAUUUGAAAUAAUUUAUGUGGUGACAAUUACAAUGUGUUAUGCUCAACAAAAAAUAAACAGAGGAGCACAACAAGUUAUUACUGUUGAUGUAGGAGCACAACAAGUUAUUACUGUUGAUGUAGGAGCACAACAAGUUACUACUGUUGAUGUAGGAGCACAACAAGUUACUACUGUUGAUGUAGGAGCACAACAAGUUACUACUGUUGAUGUAGGAGCACAACAAGUUACUACUGUUGAUGUAGGAGCACAACAAGUUACUACUGUUGAUGUAGGAGCACAACAAGUUACUACUGUUGAUGAAGGAGCACAACAAGUUACUCAAUAUUUAAAACAAAAUGCCUGCAUGUGAACCCUCACCACUGAUCACAACAGAUUUUCAGUACCAGUAACUGUAAAAUAGCUCAUUAACAGGGCAAUAUGAGUAUUUUCCCUUGUGCCUGUAAAGAUGAUGUAUCAAGAAUAUUGAUGGAUAGAUUUGUCUUUGUUUACUUCCACCUUAAGCCACCUAAAGACAAUGUGACAAAAGAUUGUUUUGUUAAUUUACUUACAUAUUGUAUUCACCAAAAGUCUGACUUUUUUUGAAAGUGAGAUAAACAAAACAAAUAAAUUCUGUAUUUGGGUUUUACAUGAUAAUAUUUCUCUCUAACUUUCUGUCCUUGAAUAGGAGGCAUCUGACAUUUUCAAUGUUAAAUAAAUGAAGAGAUGUCAAUGUGAAACUAAUGUAUUAUUUUCUUUUAUCACAUCCUAUCAGGCAUGCACAGGACCAGGCUGUACACAGUACAGAAUCUUUUUCUCAUGAACAUAUGUUUUGUGUGUGGUUCCUACCAAUGCCCUUACUGUCCUUACUUCAAUGCUGCCACAGUCCUCUCAGUUGGUGCCAGAUUUUCUUGGAUCUUACUGCUGCUGUUCAUUUUACAGAGAUUAUGUCUUCAGCCAAGAUAGUUGACAUGUGGACAGCUUAACUACUUGUACAUUAAAGUUACAUUUAUCACAUGUAAAAUAAGAGGUUAAAAUGAAUCAAUGAAAGCAGCGGUGCAGCACUUAAAAAUCCACGCACACUUACUAAGUGUUAAGGCAGAUAGUAGUAGUAGUAUAAUUGAUGAGGUGGAAGUAGUGGUAUAAUUGAUAAAGUCGGAAAGUUUAAAAGAACUAUUUAAAUGUUUCACCCAAAUUAACGACUUGUUGGCAAGGAAUGCAAAGGAAUUUUGGUAAAUAAAAUGUAUCGUGAAGCUCAGCCCUGUUUACGUCACUUACACCAAGUAGAGACCAUUUCUUAAACAGAUAAGAUUAUGAUUGUCUUACUGUUGAAAGAAGGUUCUGUGUUACUUUAAAGUGUUGAAGAGUGUUUGAAGAUUGCCUGUUGUAAUCUAUUUUCCCCAAUAUAAAUAUCUGCUUCUAACCACAUAUUGUACACAUGGCUGGUGACAAGAUGUCUUAACGCACCAAGUAAUAAUUUCCUUCUUAGUUUUUUUCAAAUGUUUUAUCGAAUAUUUAUUUUUAAAUAAUGUAAAACAUGCAGGCAUACAUAUCAAAAUCUUUCGAUUAAAUGCCAUGGAUGAAGUGAUCAAAUAAAUCCUGUAACAAUACUAAAAUUCUUUAGGUGACUAGAUUUGAAGGCACUGGAUUUGUAAACAAUGCACACCACAGAGCAAACGUCCCAUUGUGUUUCACUCUAAAGCAUUGGCAAAAAUGAGGUUUUCAAUUUAGCUGGUCUUAUUUUUUAUUUUUAGACAAGGGUAGAAUGAUCACAUGGGUAGAAUUAACAUAUAGAUGGCGUGAACAUAUAAUAGGAAGGGUGAAUAUAUAACAAAAUAAAAGUAUACGAGUGCAUACAAGUACAAGUGUUACCCUCAAGCUUUCUCCAUUUAAACCCCACUCACCCCCACCCCCUCACAUCAAACCACUCACAAUACCGCCACCCCCACCAAUGUAAACAAAUCAACAACACAAUAGUGACCUAUAGCAAGCAAUUAAUUUUGUUAAAAUAAACUUUAAAUAACAGUAUUAGUUGCACAAUGUGAUCCCCAUUCAUGUUGCUUUAAAUUAGCUUUACUACUUUGAAUGCAGAAUGAGAUUAUUCAUUCCCAUUUAUACAUAGUGCCAAUCAGAUACUUUGUGCAUUAAUUGAUUCCUUCAGAUAGUGCAUAUCUGUUCCUUUUAUAUUCAUGGUGGUAUUGAUAGGGGCCUGAUUGUUUGAAAUUUUGUUGGUUUUUGAUGUACAGACAUUCUUUCAAAUGCCAAAGUUAGCAAAUCAUGGUAAUUCUGUAUGUUAAGACAAUGUUGUGUAUGUAUGACCCUCAUGAGAAAUCUGGCAGUCGUUGCCAUUUCAAAACUAUUACACUGCACAGCCGUGCCUGGAGCAAAUGUUGAUCUGGAUCUCUUUGAAAUGAACUUUUGAUAAUCUUACUAAACAGUCUGUACCAUAAAGUCGUGAAUGCAUCAUUCGAUUGACAGAUUUUUCAGUGUUAUGCUAUAUGAUAUGUAUUUAUACCAAUCAGAAGUAAAAUUUCUUUUAGCCAAAAAAACCCGCCGAAAAACAUGAAUGGGUAUAAAAUUAUAAGCCAUCUAUAUGUGUUCAGAACCAAACACUUACAGCUCCAUCUGAGAAAAAUAUAACAUUUUUGAAUUUUGAGAGUUAGUCUUCACUUUCAUUAAAAAAAAUCUUUUUUUUUUUAAAUCUUCAAAAAUGAUAACUUUUUCUAUCUUUUUUACCAGGGUAUAAAGUAUUAAAGAUGUACAUUGCAUAUACAUGUCAAAUUUUAUAUUUUCAAACAAGCUUAACAAAUUUUCAAUUUUAUAAUGUAUAAACAUAUACUAUGUUAAUGUUUCUAUUCCAUAUUCCGUGUAUUAUAACUGAUGUUGUUGGGCUAAUCUCAAGGAAUGUCUAUGACUGUAUCAUUAAAGCUUAUAUUUGCACAUGCA